CGGUCCGUUCACAAUGUUGUUCCUUCCUAUACACAUGGAUAGAUUUUGCCGCGCGUCAACUUCAUGAUUUCAUACUCGUGUUUGCUACGCACCUAUCCCGUUGUCAGUCGUAUAUUUCCGAGUUUUAAUCCUACUGUUAGCCUUCCUGUGAUACAUUUGCGCCCGGUAACUUUUGCGAGACCAUUACUUACGCUGAACAAAAAUUGCAUGGAAUCGCCAGAAGCAAAACGCAAACAUACAGAGAAUAUGCCGUUUGCUAAAAUUGGGACACACAAUGGUACCUUUCAUUGUGACGAGGUUUUGGCAUGCUUCUUUCUUCGGCAGCUCCCCGAGUACAAGGAUGCAGAAAUCCUUCGCACCCGAAACCCCGAUCUGCUGGCGCAGUGUGAUGUUGUUGUGGAUGUUGGAGGUGAAUAUGAUUCAAAGAAACACCGCUAUGACCAUCACCAGAGGACAUUCAAGGAGACCUUCAGUAGUCUGUGCCCAGAGAAGCCCUGGGUGACUAAGCUAAGCUCAGCUGGUCUGGUGUAUCUACACUUUGGUCGACGUCUGUUGAGCCAGCUCACUCAACUAAAGAGCGACGACAGUGAGCUGGAAGUGCUGUACGAUAAGCUUUACGAGAACUUUGUGGAGGAAGUGGAUGCGGUCGACAAUGGCAUCUCUCAGCAUGACGGCGAACCUCGCUACGCUGUUUCCACCACCCUGAGUUCCCGUGUCAGCCAUCUCAAUCCUCGCUGGAAUAGCGCGAACCAGGACACGGAGGAGGGAUUUCAUAAGGCCCUGGAGAUGGUGGGGGCGGAGUUUUUGGAUCGUUUGGACUUCCACCAGAACUCCUGGCUGCCGGCCCGUGCAGUGGUGAAGAAAGCGAUGGAGAAGCGGACCCAGGUGGACCCGAGUGGGGAGGUGGUUCUGCUGGAGCAGGGGGGCUGCCCAUGGAAGGAGCAUCUCUUCUCUCUGGAAGCAGAGCUUAAUGUGGAGACGCCCAUCAAGUUUGUCCUGUACCAAGACCAGAACGGCCAGUGGAGGGUCCAGUGCGUACCUGCGGCACUACACACCUUCCAGAACAGAUUGUCCUUGCCGGACGAGUGGCGCGGGGUGCGGGACGAGGCCCUGUCCACCCUCAGUGGGAUCCCGGGCUGCAUCUUCGUCCACGCUAGUGGUUUCAUCGGGGGGAACAGUACCCUGCAGGGGGCGCUGGAGAUGGCGCGGCGCACUCUGCAGGCGGCUGCCGGGUCCGGGGACGAGCUUCAGGCCAACGGCAGCUGAGAGAAUGCCGCCGUCUGCCCAGCGGGCUGCAUCUCCACUCCCAGGCUGGACAGCCUGUACUCUGUCGUUCUGCUUCUCUUCCUUCCUAAUAAAAUACAGCCACAAA